GACUCUUUGCUACGUCAUCACAGCCCUGGCACAACAACAGCUCGUUUCGAUUUGUUUCCUGUUAGCAUUAGCAUCUGCAACCUAACGACGGAUAAAAACGAACGAGUACAAUGUUUAUCUGACGUUUCGUGUUGAGUUGUAGGUGUAUGUUAUCUGUGUUUCGGCCGAGUUGUACUCUGAAGGUAGAGAUAACUGGAACUGCCGACGUGCUGUUGCAGCUGCGAGAUAGCUUGAGCUAACAUCGGCGAACCAGCAGAGAAAGAUGGGGUCCAUCCUGAGCCGCAGAAUCGCUGGUGUGGAGGACAUCGAUAUCCAGGCCAACUCGGCCUAUCGCUUUCCUCCGAAAUCUGGUAACCGUAAUAUCAUUUGGUUGGGUUCUGUCUUCACAGAAACGUGCGUUGUUUCGAGCAAAACAUUGAUGGGUCGAAGAAACGCCAGCUUGUUAGGUCUUAUUUUCCCUCCUCUGCAUUAGCAUCAGCUAACUUUAUGAGUGUAUGUACAGUACGCUUGGAAACACGACAUUAUGAGCUUGUUUGUAAUCAAAUGCAUAUUACAUGUAUUGUCUAACAGCAUAAACGAUUGUACAGACUUCUUGUUUUAGCUUUAAUUCACUGUGUAGUUAAGACUUUUACAUGACUGUCAUGUCAAUCAACAUAUCUUUAAAAACAACACUUAGACAGUGUUCAGUCCACUCUGAAAAUCUUUGUUGUUAUUAUUAUUUCAUCAUGUGAGAUAAUUGCUUAUGUCUCACUGCUUUUGUAGUAAAUUUACCUUAGUGUUCCCCUUUUAUUUUAACGCAUUAAAUCCAAGAGAGCAGUUAUCAAACAAAUAACUACUUUCAGGUAGUAAAUCAAAACUUUUGGAGACAUAUAAAGUCAAGAAAUCUUACUCGGUUUAUGUCAUUGUCAUCUGCUGGUAUAUACAAAUUAAGUAUUAUUACUUGGAACUAGGGCUGGGUGAUAUGGAAAGAAGUUUAUCAUGAUAAAUUUUUCUAAUAUCAGUUGAUAAUGAUAUAUAUCACGAUACUAAAAAAAAUACUUGUCAAUCUUAAAUGUUCCCUGUUAAGGUCCUUACACACUGACACAAAUAUGCAACGUGAAAUUAUGAAAUAUUCGGAGGCGAAUUUUGACACGCCUGACUAUACACAUUAAGCCCAAUGCGAUUUUGUGACUUUUGGGGGGGUACAGGUUCGAAAAAAUAUAUUGACGUCCAAAAAAAUCUCACGACAAAAACGGUCGAUUUAACAGUGUUUAUUGGUAGCAUGACUUUUGCAAAACAAUAAGUUACUGCUUCUGUGAGGUCUUUCUGUCUCUUUGACAUUUGUCGUAAGGUGUUGUGUUAAAGAAAGCAGACUGAAUGGUCGGCUUUCUCGGCUGCACAGGCGCCAUGGGCUCCUCGCUCCAUUCGGGGUUUGCAAACUUUUGCAUUGCGCAUGGUCUGCUGCAUGGCACUACUUAAGGUGGUGAAAAAGAUUUGAGGUAUUCACCGGCUUUGCGAGAAAAUGUACUCAACAUAAUUUGCAGUGCACAUUACUCUGCUUUAUGUCCAACCUCAAAAAACCAAAAUACCUCCACACCACCGACAUGGCAGAAUGCAGACAAUCAAAAAGCAUAUUGACCAUGUUUUAUAUCAAUAUCGAGGGAAAUUAAUUUUCUAAGUAUAUCAUUAUCAUUUUAUCGCCCAGCCCUACUUGGAGCAAAUGAAAGUUCAUACUGUUUACUAUUGAUAGCAAAACAACAAUAAUAAUUUUAGGCGAGAGAGAUAAAUCUCAGUCACUCUAUGCUCACAUGGAGUCAAUGAAAUAAUCUACGUCUUCUUGUGUGAAUCAAACUGUUACCUUUCAGUUUCAAAUAUUUGAGUGUUCAGAGUCAAGCUGCUACCUUUGUGGUUAUACUUCUGCUUGAUUUAUUGAGCCUGUUCAGUAAGCAGUUUUAUUGUCACUAUCUUAUUGCCUGGCUUGUUGUGCAUUUUUAAAUUCCUCGCUUCCUUGUUUUCUUCAGGUAAUUACUUUGCGAGUCAUUUCUUUAUGGGAGGAGAAAAAUUUGACACACCCCAUCCCGAAGGAUACCUCUUUGGAGAAAACAUGGACCUGAAUUUUCUUGGAAACAGACCAGUACAGGUGAGAAAUGUUGUUUUUGCUGAUUCAUCAUUCUUACAGCUUUAGAACCAGAUCUGUACAGUCAGCCCUUUUUCUUGUUACUGGCAGAGUCUUUACUGUGUCGAUAUCUUAAAGCUAAAUGUCGUUUGCAAUGUGUCACUAGUUUCCAUACGUGACGCCUGCCCCCCAUGAGCCUGUGAAAACCCUGAGGAGUCUCGUCAACAUCAGAAAGGACUCCCUUCGUUUGGUCAGGUAAGACAGAAAGUCAAUACCAUGAUGUGAAUCAGUAAAAGUAAAAUCAAAGUUGCAGUUUUUCCAAUGUUUCUAUCUUGAUUCCAGAUACAAAGAUGACUCUGACACGGUGGCUGAAGAUGGUGGAAAACCAAAGGUUCAGUAUGGUGUGGAGUUCACUUUUGAUGCUGAUGCGCGGGUGGCCAUCACUCUUUACUGCCAGGCGUUUGAGGAGUUCUCCAACGGGAUGGCAGUGUAAGGACUCGUUCCGGGAACUUCUCUGUUGUAGGCAGGAGUCACAAAUAGUUUUAACCAAAACUUAACCAACUGAUACAAAUCAAAUCGUCUUUUUAGGAAUUAAAUUUAGACGUCCAAAUAAAACAAACAUCUGUCUGUAAGAAAAUUGUUCAAAAAUCAAGUGACACACAUAUUCAAGCUAAAGAGGGCAGGUGCUGGAUCAAGUAAAAGUGGCCCCAAAAAAUGUCGCUACCCUGGUUUCCUAUAAGAGUCUUCACUGUCUUUUUAUUCUUUUCUCUGUUGAGAAAAUCAAAACCAAAUAAACAGCUUGAAGUAACUCUCACACUGCAGGAGUUUGGUGGAAACCUUGGGGCAUAUUGAGAAAUUUAGACCUGAUUUCUUAGAGCACAAAGACCAGAAUAGAUAUUCUGGGUCCUUAGCAACCACCAGUCACCAUGGAUACCGCAGAUAUGACUGAGAAGAAGAUGAAGGAAAUAGUUUGAAGUUGUUUUUUAUAAUGAGGCUGAGAAAUGAGACAUUUUUCUGGGAUUUAAAAAAUCUGAUGUAUAUUCUUUAUUCAUUAAAGUGUUUUAAUGGUUCUUGAAUAAAUGUAGAGAUUUCAUGGUGAUUACAGCUACAAACCUACUUGAUUGAUAAGUGCCUACAUUUCAGUUUUGUUCUUGCACUGCUUGAGAAACAGUGCGUACUGUCAGUCAAAGCGUCCUCAAACCUCUUUUAUCUACAACAUACUGUGUAACAUGCUGUGUGCAGGUACAGCCCAAAGAAUCUAUCCAUGGCCUCUGAAACCGUGCAUUACAAGCGAGGGGUGAGCCAGCAGUUCUCCAUGCCAUCCUAUAAAAUAGACUUCAGCGAGUGGAAAGAAGAAGAUGUAAGUAUCUGCAGCAGCAAAAAAAAUGAAUAGACUCCAUUGUUGUCCAUGUUGUUUUUAAAGCUCCUGUUGGCAAUUUUCCGUUUGUUAGCAGCACCAAGAUCAGUAUGUGGUUGAUUGAAUGCCACCAGGUGCUAAACUCUAGCAUGUGCUGAUCUACUGAGUGGUAUGGCAUCAGUAUCGGCUCAUAAAAAAAGCGGAAUAGUGAGGUAAAUAAAGGGACGUAUGUGCUUCCUUUGUCUUUUAUGACGCUUUUUAUAUAUGAUAAUGAACACUCUGAUUGGCUGCCGUGGUUAGAGUUAACGGGCUAAUUACCGACCAAAGCUAAAUCACUUCCAUGAAAUCACAAAGACAACAACCAACUACACUUUCAAUUAGGGCUGGGCGAUAUGAGAAAAAUUUACCAAUAUAUAUUUUUUCAUAACAGUCGAUAUCGAUAAAUAUAUCACAAUAUAAAAAAUGAAAUUUAACAGUGCUUAUUGGUAGCAUGUCUUUUGCAGUACAAUAAGCUACUGCAUCUGUGAGGUCUUUGUGUUUCUUUGACAUUUUGUCAUAAGGCAUUGCGCUGUUAAAGUGCUAUGUUUGUGUGUAGUUGCAGCCUGCUACUACGCAGUUGUUUGCUACUUGGUGCUACUUCAGCACAUGAUUGGUUCAGCGCGAAUUGGACCCGGAGAAACUCACCUUUUCAUUGGCUAUUCAUACAGUCUACCAAAACAUGUCAGAAUGUCGACUAUGGAAAAGGAUAUUGACCAUGAUUUAUAUUGAUACUGAGGGUAAUUUUCGAUAUAUAGCGUUAUUGUUUUAUCGCCUAGCCCUACUUCCAAUACAUAUGAAAGACCAAUGAGGAAGACGUGUACAUCCCUGUAUUCACCCCUCUAUGAUGCACUUUUGUUGCCAUGAGGACAGAAAAAAAAACAUUAGUGGAACGCCAUUGGCAUACCACUCAGAGGACAGGCACAUGCCACUGGCCCACAAGUGACAUACUGUCCACUGUGCCACAUUCUCUGAACUAUUGGCAUAUGACUUGGCAUGCCAUCAGCCACUUUUCAACCCCACUGUCACUCCUGUUUGAAUGCUUUGUAAAUAGAAUAUAGUCUAGACCAGCUUGUCUUUGUUAAGCGUCUUGGGAUAACACUUGCUGUGAAUUGGCACUACAUAAACAAAGAUUGAUCGCUCCGAACACUUCCAUAGACAAGGCGGUACCUCCUACCUCUUUGCUAAUUUUGUCCUGUGUUCAAUAAAGAGGGGUUUUUAUAGAACUACUCGUCCUGCUUCUUCCAGUCAAUGAAUGUGAAUGUGGAAAAUGUAAACAAAGAGUCCUCCAGGAGCCUAAUCUGACACCUAACCUGAGAGACAUAAAUAAAACAGAAUAGAAAUGUUCAGUCUUCAUACGGACUGCUUGUUUGAUUUGGUAGGACAUAAAAAAGCAUACACAUUUGUUUUGAGGUCUGUACAGGAGCCUUAAAUAUAUUCUGUUUGUACAUUUAUCUCUUUUCUCUUAAAGCUGAACUUUGACCUCGACCGAGGAGUGUUUCCCAUGGUGAUCCAGGCUGUGGUUGAUGAGGGAGACGGUAGGUUAAAGGUUUAUAUUUUCUGUUGGAACUGGCUGCACAAAGCUAUAAUACUCAUUCAAACCAUUAAUAUGAAUUUCUUAACUGUGGUUCUGUUUCAGAUUGCCUCGGACAUGCUCAUGUGCUCCUGGCAGCCUUUGAAAGAGUAUGACUGCUUCUUAUUCAGAUAACAUAUUUUCAGUCUGCGUGAAACAAGAGCUGAAACUUGUUUGUGUUUGUCUUUCUCUUCCUCCAGCACGUUGACGGCAGUUUCUCAGUCAAGCCUCUGAAGCAGAAACAAAUCGUAGGUUUAUGAUCCAUCAUUCUGAAAAUCUGUCAGCGAGUGAUUUCAGUUCAAGGCCGAAUGUAUUCUAGAUUUGGUUGGAUAAAUGUUUUCACCUUACGCCUGAAUAAGAACAUCCAGUCUGUUUUUAAUACAGAGCAGGAUGUUUGAAGUAGAGCUUCAGUGACCCAAACUCAGGCGCAGCAUUUAAGAAAUCUGUGCCGAGACCCCUGGGAGUCAGAGUAAAGGAGAUUCAUUUUAGGUGUUGAGUGUAAACUUAGAUUACAAAGAGCUAAAAGGAAUCGUUUAGACUCUCUGGUUUGUCUUGGAAAAACAUGACAAUGAUUUUAUAAAAUUUAAGAUUCAAGACAGCAUUGGUCAUCCAGUUGUAAAAUACAUGAAUCACAGAUUAGUGAAACUGACUGUCUUUCUAGGUGGACCGCGUGAGCUACCUUUUACAGGAGAUCUAUGGGAUUGAGAACAAAAACAACCAAGAAACUAAGGUAUUAGUUCGAGUCUACUAACAGUACAAAUAAAAACAAUAUCUGUGUUUUAUUCUAUUUUUAAAACUUAAAUGUGUUUUUUUGUUUCCAGCCUUCUGAUGAUGAGAACAGCGACAACAGCAACGAGUGUGUUGUGUGUCUGUCCGACCUGCGGGAUACACUCAUCUUGCCGUGCAGACAUCUGUGUUUGUGCAACUCUUGUGCAGACACUCUGCGUUAUCAGGCCAACAACUGUCCCAUCUGCAGGCUACGUGAGACAACUUCCUCUAACUCUAAUCGAGUUCUUCUCACUCAGAUUAGAUCCAUGCUUAUAGAUUAGCUUAUGUUUAUGUUGCUUAAAUUCAAUAUUUAGGUUUUAAGCUUGCAUUUUUUUCUCAACAGCUUUUAGAGCGUUGCUGCAGAUCAGGGCGGUGAGGAAAAAGCCUGGCGCUCUCUCCCCCGUGUCCUUCAGCCCUGUUUUGGCUCAGACUAUGGACCAUGACGAGCACUCAGUGAGUCUCAUGCACAUCUGUGUAUAAUAAUAAGAAAACGUCUGCUGAAAUUGGCUAAGAUGUGCAGGAGCAUCAAAGAGAAUCUGGAAACAAAUAACUCCAUGACAUUUUUUUAUUGGGGUAUGAAGUUCUUCAGUGAAAUAUUGGGUGUGUUUUUGGGUGGGGGUAAUUCUUGGAACAGCCCAAACACAGAUGUUACCUUCAGCUCAUUCUUGGCUUAAUAUUUUUGAACAGAUGCUGAAUUAAGUAGGAAAUUUAGAUGUAAAAGAAAGAGGGAUGAGUUCAGGGUUCAGCUACAGAACUUUGUAAAGCUUUGGCAUUAGCCGCUGAAAUCUAACUAGUCCGACUGCAGAAUGAGGUCAAAUAGGGUCACGUGUGAAAUGUGAGUCUUUUCAGCGCCUCUGAUACGUGUCCCUGCAGAGCACAGACUCAGUCCCUCCCGGCUUUGAACCCAUCUCACUGUUGGAGGCUCUAAACGGCCUGCGGUCAGUGUCUCCUGCCAUCCCGUCUGCACCCCUCUACGAUGAAAUUAACUUCUCAGGAGGUCUGGGAGGCGACAGCAGACAGCUGAGCUCCCCUGAGCACUUAAGUGAUGGGAGUCUGCAAAAAGGCAAAGUCAGCAAGUCACCUGACAGGUAAUCACAUCAAAUAAAAAAAAAAAAAAAGGACUGGAGUGAAAAUAAUCAGGAAGAUGACCUUUUAUGAGAAAUCAAAGUACCUCACAUGAUUCUCAGUGAGAAAUUUCAUUUACAGCAGCAAAAAUAUUUUUUCCAUGAUAUUUUAGUUUAAUUAUUUUAACAUCAUUUGCUGUCAAAGGUAGAAAAUCCGUCCAUGUAAGGUACAAGGAUUCAUUUUUCUAUAUUCACUAAUCAUUUUUCCUUCUUCCCAAUGUCAGCACCCUUAGGUCUCCAUCCUCUCCCAUCCAGGAGGAAGAUGAGGAGAAGUUGUCUGAGAUGUCCGAUGCUCAGCCACACACCCUGCUCUCUAGCAGCCCCGCCCCAACAGAUGUAAGUAGACAUCUACAUCAGCUCACAAUUUAAACUUUGACUUUGCUGCAGAGACGAUCUUUAAAAAAGGGACCUGUCUUCUUUUCCUCUCAGGCCACAGCGACCGAGGACGCAGCUGAGUCCCUGUCUCCAGACGACGGUGAGUUUUUUUUUCUUAUCUGGCACCGAAACAGUUUCGCUCACUCUGCGUGUUCGCUUUAUUGACGUUCGCUGUCCUUUGUGCUCCAGAGGACAGGACACCCUCAAGAGGAGACAUCCUUCAGGACUGCAGCAGUGAGCACAGCAGCUUGACCAAAACAGAGAGUGACCCAGCAGGUGACUUGUCUCUGCCAGGUGAGGAAAUCUCCCGAGAGACCAAAGAGAGAAGUUGAAGAAAACCUUCAGUCAAAUCAAAAUGUUCCUUUCUUCUUUUCUUCCUUGGUUUUUGGUGUUCAUCCUCUCCUGUAAACUUUCUGCGUGUUUCUUCCCUUCAAUCCCAGACUAAUCUAUAAUUGUCCAUGCUUUGCGUUUAACCUGUGUGCUCCUGUGCUUCUCCGUUUCCUAACCUUUUUAUUCUCUUUCCUGCCGUCUCAUUUCCAUUCAAACUGCCUCACUUCUGGCAGCUUUAGGUCCUGAUUCCUGCUCUAUUGGUAUGGAGGAAUAACUGUGGUAUGUAGGCUUUUCUUUCUGCUCUGCCUCCCUGUGUAUGAGCCCUCACCCGGUCAUGGUAUUCAUCCGCUUUGGACUUCUGUGUCUCCAGGGUCAUCCGAGUCUACAGAAAGCCUGAAAAGUCAGAGCACAAACUGCUCCAGCCAGCCUCUCCUGUGUCCUGCGAGCAGCCUUCACCUGGAGGAUGAGCACCUCAACCCCUGACUCUGAUUUAGCAUUUUUCCCCCCAGAUUUAUGCUUUACAAAGAUCAUUGAGCUCCCCUUUUCCCUUUGUGUGUGGUCAGAGCUGACGGAGGCCGUGAAAAAAAGCUCAGCAGGACAUGAGAGGACUCUUUUUGGAAGAAAUUUGACUCCCUAUGACUAAUGUUGUAAAAAAAAAACAUUGUUUCCCCAGCUCUAAAACAUUUCAUUAACUGUCAGAUGGUGGUAAGUUGUGUGCGUGUGUUUAUGUGUGUGUGCGCGUGUGUAUGUAGGCCAGAGUAUUCAUGUCGUAAUCAUGUGGACUCCAGAGAUAUUUCACUACCAGUUAUGGUGGUGCUUUUAAGCACACUUAAUUAACUAUCAGUUCCUUGACACUAAAUUCAAGAGUUUAUAAACUAAGUUUGUUGUUUAGAUAUCGUACUCUUCUUCUGUGACAUACAUGAUUAACUUUUAAACUUGUUUUACAGCGAGCUUAAUUUGGAUUAUGGGUCAAAAUCUGAGUCUGUGUAACUCAUACAUCUGUAUGUCAGUUUGAAGUGAUUUUGCACUCCAACAAAAUCUUUUCUAAUCCAUUCCUUAUCUAAAGAGUUUAUGAUGAAACAAGUUUGAGUUGUAUGCAGUCUAAAACAUCUGUGUAUGUCUUUUUUUUAUUUCAAGUUAUGUGAUAUCUAUGUAUCAAAGACUAGAAUCCUGUGUAGUUACCUCCAAAUCAUAUAUUACUUAUACAAAGUUCUGAUAAUGAAGUAACAGAGCUAGAUUCAAGUACAAUGUACAUUAUUUAAGACUCAAAACUAUAUGUGCUACAGAUUUACAUCCUAACAGCUGAACUCAAAGAUAGCUAAAGCCUGCAACAAGCAUCAACGCUCCAGCUACAUGCUAAAGCUAAUGUCGUACGGCACAGUGUGCUUGUCGUAGAUGUGGCAGAUCUCUGUACAGUCUAUUCGUGGCAAUGCCGGUGUGUCUGCUUAUGUGAUGUAGCUGCAAGAAAAAAGGGGUCAGGUGGUUGUAUUUCUUACCUUGGUCCUGUAUGUGUAGCACCCUGCAUAUAGAUCUUUGUGCCUUGACUUGAUAUGGCUGCCUGCUUGUUGCAUUGGACAUUAGUGUUCGUAUAAAUGCUACAAUACACAACCAUUUCCAGCUGUAGACAGGAUUUUUGAUGCUGAUGUACAGAGCCUUUUUUUCUAUUGCAAACUUCAUUCUACUGGGAAAAAAAAAGUAUCUUAUUGUUAUUACAAUAUUCAGUUAAUUUGCUCAUUUAUUAUGUUAUGACCAUAUAUCAAAUAUGCAUUUAAUCCUAGCAUUUCGGUUGUUUGAUUGGAAGGGACACGUCUAGUGCACUAAUGCAGACUUUGCAUUUCAAGAAUUGGGCUAGCACCUUGCAUGUGAAUUUUUAGAGGUUUGAAAGUCUCACUGCUUUGCAGUAAAGAGUUUAUUUCGUCUGCCCCCCUCCUCAUCCGUGCCAUUUCAACUUGAUACUGUGCCUUCCUGUUCCCAAUCUGACCACGAUUGACCUGGUAUCCAGGAUCACUCCACAGUAGGUGGUUUGUGGCUCUAUGUUAAAUCAGUACCUGUCUAUCCUUGUGUGUAUAGCAGCAUGAGUAUAACAAUAAAGAACAAAUUCAGUACUUCAACUGUCUCUUGUUUUGUAAUCCAUCACGCAUUAUCUAUUUUACUGCUGAUCCUGCAAUACUCUAGUAUCAUGACAUUUGUUGUGUUAUUUUAUGUGGCUUAAAGCUUUUGUUUAGUUUUUAACUGAACUAAAUGCUGAAAUUGAACUUGAUGCCUCUUUUGACCCUCUAAAAUACGGAAGUGGAUUAGGGCUGCAUGAAGACAAAAAAAAAAAGCAGGAAGGAAAUUUAAG